AUGUCUGACUACGGAACAAUCCAGAAGAGCGUCUUGAAACUAAAAGGAGUUGGUGAACUCUCAGCUGGAAAAAAGAAGAAGAAGAAAAGCAAAGAGAGCAAGCAUCGCCUGGAGCAGCUUGAGACCAGUCAAAAUGAGGAGGAGGUGAAAAACAAGAAGGCGUACGUUGACAAAAGGACACCAGCCCAAAUUGCUUUUGACAAGACCCAAGAGAAGAGGCAAAUGGAGCGGAUUUUGAAAAAAGCAUCAAAAACACACAAACACCGAGUAGAGGAUUUCAAUCGCCACCUGGACAAUCUGACAGAGCAUUACGAUAUCCCCAAAGUCAGCUGGACCAAGUAG